AUGGUGGCAAUGAUACAGGGACAGAAAAUAUCUCAUGAAGCAAUGAGCAAUCAAACAGUCUCUGGAUUUCUCCUUCUUGAAUUUACAACAAAUUCAGAAUUUCAGAUAUUGCAUUUUGUUAUGUUCCUGAUACUAUACUUGGGAAUAGUUAUAGCAAAUAUUCUCAUAAUCUCUGCAGUAAUUUUUGACAGUCACCUACAUCGCCCCAUGUACUUCUUUCUGAUGAACUUGGCCAUACAAGACAUUGGUCAAGUUUCAGUCAUUAUUCCCAAAUCUAUGAUCAAUUCUCUCAAAAAUACUAGAUACAUUUCUUAUUCUGGAUGUGUUGCUCAGGUUUUUUUCCUUAUCUUUUUCAUGGGGUCUGAUUUUUCUCUUCUCACAGUCAUGGCAUAUGAUCGCUAUAUUGCCAUUUGCAAACCUUUACAUUAUGAGAUGGUAAUGAGCAGGACAGUCUGCAAACAAAUCAUUGCUAGCACAUGGAUAAGUGGGUUUUUUUAUGGAUUAGUACACACUGCAGGUACAUUUGCAAACUCUUUCUGCUCUAAUGUUGUCAAUCAAUUUUUCUGUGAAAUACCACAUUUGCUUACCCUCUCCUGCUCAGAGUGGUGCUUUGAAGAAUAG